GGUCUUUACUUUAAAGAGACUUAUAAAAACAGUGAAUGCCAAUUCAUUUUCGGUGGUGAAUACGAUAGGUAUGCCUGCUAUUUGAAAGGUAUCUUGAAAAGAUUUAUCGAUCACAAGUUACGUUUACUUGUUAUUUUCAAAGGAGCAAUGAACGCUAGUUUAGAAAGACGAAAAGAAAUACACCAGAAAAUAAUUGACAGUAGACAUGCUUUAGUUCCCGGGCGAGAUGAGAACGAAUACUGUGACCCAAUAUUUGUGAAAAACGUAGAACAAGAAGUAAUGGAAGAGCUUAAUAUAAAAUAUUUUUAUUCUGAGUUUGACCACAUGGUUGAUCUCAUACGCGUGGCAAAAUAUUUUCAAUGUCCAAUAUUAACUAAAAAUUUUGAGUACUGCCUGUAUGGAGUUUCAUGCAUCACCCCACAUUCACUAAACUUUGGAGAUACUUUGAAAUGCACUCUCUACGAUCUGAGUGAAAAACAUGUUUUUCCUCGAUCAAGGCAACUUUUAUCUGUUCUGCUUGCAGCAUCUGACGAGGAUAGCCCCUUGUUUUGUCUAUUCCCGAGAGAUGCAAGUUAUACCGAUAAGAAUGUAUUUUUCAAAAGGCUACAUUGGAUAAGGCGCCAGAACUUUAACGAGGCGAUAUCUGAUUUGAGCAGGAAUUUAAAUGAGUCAAACAAAAAAAGUUUUAUUGUGUCAAUUAAUGAGUUCGAAAGCUAUUUUCGUAUUGGUGGUGACAGAUUGGCUUUAAGUUAUUUUAAAGAAAUAAAUCUAAAUAAAUAUGACUUCUUUGCUAGAUUAGUCGCAUCAGGUGCGGUCGCGGUUCCAUAUAUCAAUUUGAGGUACAACAAGACAUUUUCAGGGUCAUGGUUAAUUUUCGACGAGAACAAAGAUGAUGCCAUGUGGCCUGUAUUGGAAAUGAUUUUCCAUGUACUUGGCCUGUUGACAAAAUCAGUGGAUGUUAAAAUUUCGUUUAUUGGACGAAAACAUCUUUCAAGUUGUGUUUUAGAUAAAGAAAUGAAACUACGCAAAAACCGGGCUUUGAGAAAAUCACCGCCAACUAGUGAUAUGUUUCAAGAAAUUAUGUGCGAAAUACUGAAUGACUUUAAAUUCCAGUUGCUAAAUGCAUUGCCGGAAGAUUGCCGUAUGAUUGCUCUUGCGCUGGUGUACUAUUGUUACAAGAGCGGCGAAGAUUUUAAGAAUGGCAUAUAUUCUGUCAUUUUAUCGUAUUUCAUGUUGGGGCGAGUGUUAAGUAAUGUAGGAGUUAUGAGAAAGAGCAAUUUUGUCAUAUCGCACGCUGAGAACGCGACUAACGAAAACGGCAAUUACGCAACAGUGGCUCGUUCUUUUUUGGAGUUCUUCUACAUUAGUGGCAGCCGUGCAAAGGAGAUCUUUUCACGCAGUAUGCUUCACAGAAUGUCGGAAUUCGAGCACUGUUUGCAACAUAUGAAUUACUUGAAUCGCUUAGUCGACGGAAAAAUGAAAUGCACGAUAUAUCACAAAUCAAUUAAUACCGCGUUUAUAAAUAAUAUAAUGGCUUCUUUGAUAAAUGAGACUAGUCCACUUGAUUUUAUAAAAAAUAAAUUUCAAUGUGAUAGUAUGUUCUUGCAGUACAAAAAUAUCAUAGAUGUGAUUGAGAAUUGUGUUAAAUUAGUUCAAAGUAAUAAUUGAUUAAGACAAUUUAUAAUAAGUGUUAAUUAGUUUUGUAUUAUAUUGGUGUAAUUAUAUUAUUAUCCAAAAAUCACAAAAUGUCAAAAAACUAAGGCUUUUUGGUGAUUUAUAUUUAGUUCUUAUGGAAUAUGAAAUUUCAGUUAUAUUCCUGGUUCUUAAUGUUUUCGCAGGUUUAGUUCAGAUCGUUUUCAUAAUAGCUAUAAAUAUAGCUAUCGUUAGUUUUACUUGUUUUGAGAUAUCGUAAAAAUGUUUUGUAAAGUAAAUCGAUUUGAAUUAUUGAGUUGUCUUUCUGAAUUAGUUUGGGAAGUUACCUUUUAGAUAAUUUAUACGUCUAGAUAGAGCCUUUUGCUGCUAGACAACGCAUGAGAACAGUUUGUUUUAGUGUGCGUGCGUUUGCUGAAAAUAGAGGCUAACUGUUAGCCGUUAUUUAUUUCGACGUGUUCAACAAUCACAGCUGUCACAGUCUAUCUAGGCUUAUAAAUUAUCUAUAUAGUAUAUAACCUAUAAAUAAUAUUAAAGAUCCAGUCAUUAAUAUGGAAAAAACAGCUCCGUUGAUAACGCCUCCAUGCUGCAUUACAAAAAAAAACAAUCAUUAGAUACCAUUUUGUCUGUCUGUCUGCCUGGAUGUUCCAGCUAAUCUCCGAAAUGGCUGGACCGGUUUUGAAGGUACGAGAAUGCCAGAUAGCUUAUACCGUGCAUAAUAACUACGGCAACUUUUAUUUCAGAAAAUGACAGGUUUCUGAGCAAAAAAAAAAAUAAAGCUAAUAAAAAAAUAUUAAAUUGUAAAUAAAAAAUCAGGUUUUUUUUUUAAUUUAUUUAGUGGCAAAAAAUCAGGUUCACCGCUCAUAUUGCCAUGUUAACGAAAUUUACGCGAGCAAAGUGGCAGGCGGCCGCCUGUUAAGUUAAAUAAAGAGUUAAAUUUGUAGGUUGAUUUCCUCGUUGUUUCUUAUAACUUUAUUAUUCUGUAAGAUUAAUGAAAGGUGUAUGAUGAACACGAAGAUGAACCAAAAUAUACUUACAUUAUAUUUAUUCAUGCGAAGUAAAACAUGUAAACAGGACAAUCCAAGACAAAUCAUAUAUUUUGUAUCUUUUUUUUUAUUGGAAUAGGAGGACAAACGAGCGUACGGGUCACCUGUUGUUAAGUGAUCACCGCCGCCCACAAUCUCUUGCUACACCAGCGGAAUCACCACGUUGCCGGCCUUUAAGGAAGGUGUACGCGCUUUUUUUGAAGGUACCCAAUAUCUAAUCUAUUUCUAGAUAUUUACUUAUCUUUAGGCAUUUGGUACCUAUAUAUGGUACAUUCCAUGUUUAU